CAACCCUGUCCGGUAGGCAAUCGCCGCUCCCACCUUCCGCCGCCGCUUUGAGUGAAGCCGGAACGACGGGGGUCACGGCGGGGGUCAGAGGGUAAAGGUCUUGCUCCCAGCAGCCUCCGCGGUGGAUACGUCGCCAUCUUGGAUCCGCGGGACAAGAAAAUUCAUGCGAGGGAGAACUGGUGGGCGGUCCUUCCUGUGACACGACCCUUGAGUGACAGUUCUAUUUGAUUGCCUCCAGUACUGUGAGGAAAGGACACGACUCUAUGGUGAGGACUGAUGGACAUACAUUAUCUGAGAAAAGAAACUACCAGCCUCCAGCUCUGAGCUUUCCAAUUCCCAGAGUAGCAAAUGUUGAAAGAAGUUGCACAGGUGACAAACAGCAUGUUUGGUGCUUCAAGAAAGAAGUUUGUAGAGGGGGUCGACAGUGACUACCAUGAUGAAAACAUGUACUACAGCCAGUCUUCUAUGUUUCCACAUCGGUCAGAAAAAGAUAUGCUGGCAUCACCAUCUACAUCAGGUCAGCUGUCUCAGUUUGGGGCAAGUUUAUACGGGCAACAAAGUGCACUAGGCCUUCCAAUGAGGGGGAUGAGCAACAAUACCCCUCAGUUAAAUCGCAGCUUAUCACAAGGCACUCAGUUACCGAGCCACGUCACGCCAACAACAGGGGUACCAACAAUGUCACUUCACACGCCUCCAUCUCCAAGCAGGGGUAUUUUGCCUAUGAAUCCUAGGAAUAUGAUGAACCACUCCCAGGUUGGUCAGGGCAUUGGAAUUCCUAGCAGGACAAAUAGCAUGAGCAGUUCAGGGUUAGGUAGCCCCAACAGAAGCUCGCCAAGCAUAAUAUGUAUGCCAAAGCAGCAGCCUUCUCGACAGCCUUUUACUGUGAACAGUAUGUCUGGAUUUGGAAUGAACAGGAAUCAGGCAUUUGGAAUGAAUAACUCCUUAUCAAGUAACAUUUUUAAUGGAACAGAUGGAAGUGAAAAUGUGACAGGAUUGGACCUUUCAGAUUUUCCAGCAUUAGCAGACCGAAACAGAAGAGAAGGAAGUGGUAACCCAACUCCAUUAAUAAACCCCUUGGCUGGAAGAGCUCCUUAUGUUGGAAUGGUAACAAAACCAGCAAAUGAGCAAUCCCAGGACUUCUCAAUACACAAUGAAGAUUUUCCAGCAUUACCUGGUUCCAGCUAUAAAGAUCCAACGUCAAGUAAUGAUGACAGUAAAUCUAAUUUGAAUACAUCUGGCAAGACGACUUCAAGUACAGAUGGACCCAAAUUCCCUGGAGAUAAAAGUUCAACAACACAAAAUAAUAACCAGCAGAAAAAAGGGAUCCAGGUGUUGCCUGAUGGUCGGGUUACUAACAUUCCUCAAGGGAUGGUGACGGACCAAUUUGGAAUGAUUGGCCUGUUAACAUUUAUCAGGGCAGCAGAGACAGACCCAGGAAUGGUACACCUUGCGUUAGGAAGUGACUUAACAACAUUAGGCCUCAAUCUGAACUCUCCUGAAAAUCUGUACCCCAAAUUUGCAUCACCCUGGGCAUCUUCACCUUGUCGACCUCAAGACAUAGACUUCCAUGUUCCAUCAGAGUACUUAACGAACAUUCACAUUAGGGAUAAGCUGGCUGCAAUAAAACUUGGCCGAUAUGGAGAAGACCUUCUCUUCUAUCUCUAUUACAUGAAUGGAGGAGACGUAUUACAACUUUUAGCUGCAGUAGAGCUUUUUAACCGUGAUUGGAGAUACCACAAAGAAGAACGAGUAUGGAUUACCAGAGCACCAGGCAUGGAGCCAACAAUGAAAACCAACACAUAUGAGAGGGGAACAUAUUACUUCUUUGACUGUCUUAACUGGAGGAAAGUCGCUAAGGAGUUUCAUCUGGAAUACGACAAAUUAGAAGAACGGCCUCACCUGCCAUCCACCUUCAACUACAACCCUGCUCAGCAAGCCUUCUAAACAAAGACUUCCCUUUUCUUGGGGUAUGGCUGUCUCAGCACAAUACUCGACAUAACUGCAGAACUGAUGUGGCUCAGGCACCCUGGUUUUAAUUCCUUGAGGAUCUGGCAAUUGGCUUAUGCAAAGGGUCACCAUUUGAGGUCCUGCCUUACUAAUUAUGUGCUGCCCAACAACUAAAUUUGUUAUUUGUUUUUCUCUAGUUCGAGCAGGGUCUGAAUUUUUUUCAUUUAUUUUCUUUUUUGCCAGCAGACAGACUUGGGUCUGUAAAGACAAGCAAGUACACUGACAGAAGUUUACCAUUUAGUUUCUAAAAUGUAAAAAAAGAAAACCCACAAAAGACUCCACAAAAUUAGACCACAAAAUUUGCAUUGUUCAUUGUAGCACUAUUGGUAAUAAAAUAACAAAUGUUUGUGCAUUUUUAUGUGAAGAUCCUUCUCGUAUUUCAUUUGGAAAGAUGAGCAAGGUCUGCUUCCUUCAUUUUACUUCCCCUUCUGUUUUUGAAAGGCAGUUUCGCCAAGCUUAAUGCAAGAAUAUCUGACUGUUGAGAAGAAAGAUAUUGCCACAAUCUCUGGAUGGUUUCCAGGGUUGUGUUAUUACUGAGCUUCAUCUUUCCAGAAUGAGCAAAACACUGUCCAGUCUUUGUUACGAUUUUGUAAUAAAUGUGUACAUUUUUUUUAAAUUUUUGGACAUCACAUGAAUAAAGGUAUGUAUGUACGAAUGUGUAUAUAUUAUAUAUAUGACAUCUAUUUUGGAAAAUGUUUGCCCUGCUGUACCUCAUUUUUAGGAGGUGUGCAUGGAUGCAAUAUAUGAAAAUGGGACAUUCUGGAACUGCUGGUCAGGGGACUUUGUCGCCCUGUGCACUAAAGGGCCAGAUUUUCAGCAGCCAAGGACAUCCAUACCCAAGUGAAUGUGAUGGGACUUAACGAAGUGAACUGAGACAAUUCACUCUGGCUGUUUGAACAGCAGCGUUUCAUAGGAAGAGAAAAAAAAAAGAUCAAUCUUGUAUUUUCUGACCACAUAAAGGCUUCUUCUCUUUGUAAUAAAGUAGAAAAGCUCUCCUCACUGCA